GAAGCAAUAAAAGCAGAAGCACAGAGGGCAGAGGUACAAAAGGCAGAGGCAGUUUUUGUAGAAGCACAGAAGUCAGGGGCAAUGAAGACAGAGGUACAGAGGGCAGAGGCAACAAGGGUAAAGGCAAUAAAAGCAGGGGCACAGGGGGCAGAGGCAAAAAAGAUAGAGGUACAAAUGGCAGGGGCAAUGAAGGCAGAGUCACAGAAGGCAAAAAUACAGAGAGCAGAGACAUGGAAGGUAGAGACAAUAAAAGCAGAGACAAAUAGGGCAGCGACAAUGAAGGCAGAAGAACAGAAGGCAGAGAAAGAGAGGGCAGGAACACAGGAGGAAGAAGCAAAGAAGGCAGAGGCAAUGAAGGCUAAGGAAAAGAGGGCAGAGACACAGAAAGCAGAAGCCCAGACAGAAGAUGCACAGAAGGAUAAGGCAAUAAAGUCAGAUGCACAAAAAGCAGAGGCUUUGAAGGCAGAGGCACAGGGGGCAGAUGUACAGAAGGUUAAGGCAUAUAAGGCAAAUACACAUUUGGCAGAAGCAUUGAAGGAAGAGGCACAUAAUGCAGUGACAAUAAAGGCAGGGGAACAGAGAAUAGCGGCAAUGAAGGCAGAGGUACAGAGGGUAGGGGCAAUAUCGGUAGAAGCAAUAAAAGUAGAGAAACAGAGGGCAGAGGCAAUAAAAGCAGGGACACAGAGGGCAGAGGCAAAGAAGACAGAGACACAAAGGGCAUGGGCAAUGAAGACAGAGGCACAGAAGGCAGAGGCAAUGAAGGCAGAGUCUCAGAGUGCAGCUGCACAGAAGGCAAAAAUACAGAGAGCAGAGACAAUGAAGGUAGAGACAAUAAAAGCAGAGGAAAAUAGGGCAGAGACAAUGAAGGCAGAAGAACAAAAGGCAAAGGAAAAGAGUGCAGGAGUUCAGGAGGAAGGAGCAAAGAAUGCAGAGGCAAUGAGGACAAAGGAAAAGAGGGCAGAGGCCCAGAGAGAAGAUGCACAGAAGGAUAGGGCAAUGAAGUCAGAGGCACAAAAAGCAGAGCAAAUGAAGGCAGAAGCACAGGGGGCAGAGGUACAGAAAGCAGAUGUAAAGAGGGCUAGGGCAAUUAGGGCAAAUACACAUUUGGCCGAGGCAUUGGAGGCAGGGGAACAGAGAACGGUGGCAAUGAAGGUAGAGGCACAGAGGGCAGAGACACAUAAGGCAGAGGUACAGAGGGUAGGGACAACAAAGGUAGAAGGAAUAAAAUCAGAGGCACAGAGGGCAGGGGCAAUAAAAGCAGAGGCACAGAGGGUAGAGACAAUAAAAGUAAGGGCAACAAAGGCAGAGGCAAUGAAGGCAGGGUCUCAAAAGGAAAAAAUAGAGAGAGCAGAGACAAUGAAGGUAGAGGCAAUAAAAGCAGAGGCACAUAUGGCAGAGACAAUGAAGGCAGAAAAACAUAAGGCAAAGGAAAAUAGGACAGGAGCACAAGAGGAAGAAGCAAAAAAAGCGGAGGCAUUGAAGGCAGAGGCACAGGGGGCAGAAGUACAGAAAGUAGAUGUACAAAGGGGUAAUGCAAUUAGGGCAAAUACACAUAUUGCAGAGUCAAUAAAGGCAGGGCAACAGAGAACAGUGGCAAUGAAGGCAGAGACACAGAAGGCAGAGGUACAAAGGGUAGAGACACUGAAGGCAGAAUCAAUAAAAGCAGAGGCACAUAAGGCAGAGGUACAGAGGGUAGAGACACUGAAGGUAGAAGGAAUAAAAGCAGAGGCACAGAGGGCAGAGGCAAUAAAAGUAAGGGCAAUAGAGGCAGGGCCAAUGAAAGCAGAGUCACAGAUUGCAGGGGCACAGAAGGCAAAGAUACAGAGAGCAGAGACAAUGACAGUAGAAACAAUAAAAGCAGAGGCACAUAGGACAGAGACAAUGAAGGCAGGAGAACAGAAGGCAAAGGAAAAGAGGACAGGAGCACAGGAGGAAGAAACUAAGAAUGCAGAGACAAUGAGGACAAAGGAAAAGAGGGCAGAGGCCCAGAAAGCAGAGGCCCAGACAGAAGAUGCACAGAAGGAUAAGGCAAUGAAGUCAGAGGCACAAAAAGCAGAGCCAUUGAAGGCAGGGGCACAGGGGGCAGAGGUACAGAAAGCAGAUGUAAAGAGGGGUAAGGCAAUUAGGGCAAAUACACAUUUGGCAGAGGCAUUGAAGGAAGAGGCACAUAUUGCAGAGUCAAUAAAGGCAGGGGAACAGAGAAUGGUGGCAAUGCAGGCACAGGUACAGAGGGCAGAGGCACAGAAUGCAGAGGUACUGAGGGUAGAGACACUGAAGGCAGAAGAAAUAAAAGCAGAGGCACAAAGGGCAGAGGCAAUAAAAGCAGAGUCACAGAGGGCAGAGGGACAGAAGGCAAGAAUACAGGGAGCAGAUACAAUAAAGGUAAAGACAAUAAAGGCAGAGGCAAAUAGGGCAGAGACAAUGAAGGCUGGAGAACAGAAGGCAAAGGAAAGGAGCACAGGAGCACAGGAAGAAGGAGCAAAGAAUGCAGAGGCAAUGAGGACAGAGGAAAAUAGGGCAGAGGCCCAGACAGAAGAUGCACAGAAGGAUAGGGCAAUGAAGCCAGAGCUACAAAAAGCAGAGCCAUUGAAGGCAGAGGCACAGGGGGCAGAGGUACAGAAAGCAGAUGUAAAGAGGGGUAAGGCAAUUAGGGCAAAUACACAUUUGGCAGAGGCAUUGAAAGAAGAGGCACAUAUUCCAGAGUCAAUAAAGGCAGGGGAACAGAGAACGGUGGCAAUGAAGGUAGAGGCACAGAGGACAGAGAUACAUAAGGCAGAGGUACAGAGGGUAGGCACAACAAAGGUAGAAGGAAUAAAAUCAGAGGCACAGAGGGCAGGGGCAAUAAAAGCAGAGGCACAGAGGGCAGAAGCAAUAAAAGUAAGGGCAACAAAGGCAGAGGCAAUGAAGGCAGAGUCUCAGAGGGCAGGGGCACAAAAGGAAAAAAUAGAGAGAGCUGAGACAAUGAAGGUAGAGACAAUAAAAGCAGAGGCACAUAUGGCAGAGACAAUGAAGGCAGAAAAACAUAAGGCAACGGAAAAGAGGGCAGAAGCACAGGAGGAAGAAGCAAAAAAGGCAGAGGCAAUGAAGACAAAGGAAAAAAGGGCAGGAGCACAGGAGGAAGAAGCAAAGAAGGCAGAGGCAAGGGAGGCUAAGGAAAAGAGGACAGAGACACAGAAAGCAGAGGCCCAGACAGAAGAUGCACAGAAGAAUAAAGCAAUGAAAUUAGAGGCACAAAAAGCAGAGGCAUUGAAGGCAGAGGCACAGGGGGCAGAGGUACAGAAAGCAGAUGUACAGAGGGCUAAGGCAAUUAAGGCAGAUACACAUUUGACAGAGGCAUUGAAGGAAGAGGCACAUAAUGUAGAGGCAAUAAAGGCAGGGAGACAGAAAACAGUGGCAAUGCAGGGACAGGUACAGAGGGCAAAGGCACAGACGGCUGAGGUACAGAGGGUAGAGACACUGAAGGUAGAAGAAAUAAAAGCAGAGGCACAGAGGGCAGAGGCAAUAAAAACAGGGACACAGAGGGCAGAGGCAAUAAAGGCAGAGGCACAAAGGGCAGGGAAAAUGAAGACAGCUUCAACAAAGGCAGAGGCAAUAAAGGCAGAGUCACAGAGGGCAGGGGGACAGAAGGCAACAAUACAGGGAGCAGAUACAAUAAAGGCAGAUUCAAAUAGGGCAGAGACAAUGAAGGCAGAAGAACAGAAGGCAGAGGAAAAGAGGGCAGGUGCACAGGAGGAAGAAGCAAAGAAGGCAGAGGCAAUGAAGGCUAGGGAAAAGAGGGUAGAGACACAGAAAGCAGAGGCCCAGACAGAAGAUACACAGAAGGAGAAGGCAAUGAAUUCAGAGGCACAAAAAGCAGAGGCAUUGAAGGCAGAGGCACAGGGAGCAGAGGUAGAGAAAGCAGAUGUACAGAGGGCUAAGGCAAUUAUGGCAGAUACACAUUUGGCAGAGGCAUUGAAGGAAGAGGCACAUAACGCAAAGGCAAUAAAGGCAGGGGAACAGAGAACAGUGGCAAUGCAGGCACAGGUACAGAGAGCAGAGGCACAGAAGGCAGAGGUACAGAGGGUAGAAACGCUGAAGGUAGAAGAAAUAAAAGCAGAGGCACAGAGGGCAGAGGCAAUAAAAGCAGGGACACAGAGGACAGAGGCAAAGAAGGCAGAGGCACAAAGGGAAGGAACAAUAAAGACAUCGGCAACAAAGGCAGAGGCAAUAAAGGCAGAGUCACAGAGGGCAGGGCCACAGAAGGCAAGAAUACAGGGAGCAGACACAAUAAAGGUAGAGACAAUAAAGGCAGGGGCAAAUAGGGCAGAGACAAUGAAGGCAGAAGAAAAGAGGGCAGGAGCACAGAAAGAAGAAGCAAAUAAGGCAGAGGCAAUGAAGGCUAAGGAAAAGAGGGCAGAGACACAGCAAGCAGAGGCCCAGACAGAAUAUGCACAGAAGGAAAAGGCAAUAAAGUCAGAGGCAUUGAAGGCAGAGGCACAGAGGGCAGAGGUACAGAAAUCAGAUGUACAGAGGGCUAAGGCAAUUAAGGCAGAUGCACAUUUGGCAGAGGCAUUGAAGGAAGAGGCACAUAAUGCAGUGGCAAUAAAGGCAGGGAAACAGAGAACAGUGACAAUGAAGGCAGAGACACAAAGGGCAGAGGCACAAAAGGUAGAGGUAAAGAGGGUAGGGACAAUAAAGGUAGAAGGAAUAAAAGCAGAGGCACAGAGGGCAGAGACAAUAAAAGCAGGGGUACAGAGGGCAGAGGCACAAAAGGCAGGGGCAAUGAAGACAGAGGCACAGAAUGCAGAGUCACAGAGAGCAGUGGCACAGAAGGCAAAAAUAGAGAGAGCAGAGACAAUGAAGAUAGAGACAAUAAAAGCAGAGGCACAUAGGACAGAGACAAUAAAGGCAGAAGAACAACAGGCAGAGGAAGAGAGGGCAGGAGCACAGGGGGAAGAAGAAAAGAAGACAGAGGCAAUGAAGGCAAAGGAAACGAGGGCAGAUACACAGAAAGCAGAGGCCCAGACAAAAGAUGCACAGAAAGAUAAGGCAAUAAAGUCUGAGGCACAAAAAGCAGAGGCAUUGAAGGCAGAGGCACAGGGGGCAGAGGUACAGAAAGCAGAUGUACAGAUGGCUAAGGCAAUUAAGGCAGAGACACAUUUGACAAAGGCAUUGAAGGAAGAGGCACAUAAUGAAGAGGCAAUAAAGGCAGGGGAACAUAGAACAGUGGCAAUGAAGGCACAGGCACAGAGGGCAGAGGCACAGAAGGCAGAGGUACAGGGGGCUAAGGUAGUUAGGGAAGAUGCACAUUUGGCAGAGGCAUUGAAGGAAGAGGCGCACAAUGCAGCGGCAAUAGAGGCAGGGGAACAGAGAACAGUGGUAAUAAAGUCAGAAGCACAGAGAGCAGAAGCACAAAAGGCUGAGGUACCGAGGGCUGGGGCCAUGAAGGCCGUAGCACAGAGGGUGGAGGCACAGAAGGCAGAGGAAAUUAAAAAAGAGACACAAAGGGAAAAGAAAAUGAAAGCAGAGGCACAAAUGGCAGAGGCCAUGGAAGUAGAGACACAGAAGGCAAAGGCGCAGACUACUCAAUCUGAGAAGGCAAAAGCUCAAAAGGCCAAGAUACAGGAGAUGCCAGGGCUCUCAGAAUACAUGGGAACUCCUGUAACGAAUCUUACUGAGAGUAGUGAAACCAAGGUUGAAAAAGCAGAAGAAAAUAUUGAACAGAAGAAUAAUUUGAAAUGUCCACACUCACCAGAACCAAUACAUAUGGAAACUGAAGAGUCUACUACACUAGUUGAGCAACCAGAAUCUCUUUCAAAACUAGAAUCUGAUGUGCAAUUACAUGAGAAACAGGCUCUAGAAAGUGACAAAAGCUUACUUAAUAUUACAGUGCUUCCAACUAAAAAGUCUAUACAACUCCCAGAAAUUGUAGGUACAUGUUCCAUUGAAGUUGAGAUGACUGAGGAGGAGGAGAAGAAACUCAAGGCACACCAAUUUGAAACCAGACACAAUGAACCACUGUUAGAAGAUGGCUCUCUCACUAGAGCAAUACAUUUAACUGAGCAAGUGAACAAAACCGUAGCAGAAACAGAUUUAACAUCUGAAGUAUCAUCAGAAUUACCAACUCAAGAACAUGUUUCAGAAAUAGCUGAAAAUGUACAGGAUGCUGAUCCUACAGCAGACAGUCCAUCUAAAUUAUUACUACGUGAUCAAAACCAGUCAGUAGUGACCCUCCUUCGCGAUGUGAAAAAAGCUUUGGAGUCUGGAGUGACUACUAAGGAUGAAAGCUCUGUAGAUCCUAUUUCCUUGCAAGCUCCAUUAAAUCUACAGCAGGCUGAAGAACAUGUUUCAAUGCCAGCCUUGCCACCAAACAUGAGACAUGAUGAAGAAUCUGAGCAAUUGGUAAUUAGCAGUUCAACCUUCAAAGAUAAGGUAAUUGAAACAGAGCUGCCUUCCACUGAACAAAUUUCUUUACAAUCAGAGCAGGAAUUUGUUCAGGAAAAUGUAUCACAACAUCAAGAUAAACAGGAUCACAGUCUGGUAACAACCCUGAAAAAUUCUUUGAUGAUGUUAUUUCACAUUAAAACAGCAGACACUGAAGACCAUAAAGUGAAAACAAAUAGCCAAAGAAACUUGACAGAAGCUCACCAAGAAUUGUCCGGAGACAUGUAUUCACCUGAAAGAAGUCCCCCAAGUUCGCGGAAGGUUUAUGAAUCUGGAAAGGAGAGUGACUCUCCACUGAGUCCAGUAAGCAUGCAUUCCUCUUCCACUUCAGGGAAACGGUCUCCAUCAUCUGAAGAGGAUAUGGUUCAAAGUGCAGAUUCAUUGACAAUAAGUCCAGCAAUUCCCAGGAGAAUCACAGAUUUUACAAGGAAAGGGGAAAUAGCCCAAGUGGAAAGUGCUCCAAUGAGUCCAGUGACACCAAAGAGAAGUUCAAAGGGCAUUAGUGAAGAAACCUUCUUAACUAAAGAAGAUCUAAGUUUUAGUCCUUCCACUUCAAGAAAAAUUGCAGCUAAAAUAGCUGCAGGAUCAAAUCCCAUAGCUACAUUAUCUGUUCCUUCUAUAGUUGUCGGUAGCCUACCUUCUGAGAAUGCACCUGAAAGUAUGCUGUAUGAACCCCAAAGAGACAGCAAUCGUAAAUGGAGGUCUAGUGAGAACUUAUCUUUAAUCCCUUCGGCAACACCACAGGAGCUGGCUUCUGGUGCUCGCCGUAAGAUAUAUCUUCCUAAGCAACUAGAGGGUCAAGAUGAUGGUAACAUGGGUGCCAUAACUCCACCCUCCAAAAAAGGGAGCCCCAAUGUAUCGCCUGGGUUGUCUAGAAAAAGCAGCUCACUUUUGGUAUCUCAGUCUCCUCCAGUGGAAAGACGUUCUCCUGGUACAACCCGAAGAAUGGCAAUGCUAGAAGUUCCAAAGAUAUGUGAAGAAACUGUAGAUCAAAAAAAGACAUCUGACUCUAGUCCUCAAGAAUCAAAAGAUUCAGGUGUUCCACUUAAGGAAGAACCACAGAUUACAGAAAUUAAAAAAGUAAAAGAUCCCUAUAAAGCUCCACAGGUAAUUCGGAAAAUACGAGCAGAACAAUUUUCGGAUGCAUCAGGGAAUUUAAAACUUUGGUGCCAGUUCUUCAAUAUUUUAAGUGACUCAGAUAUUACAUGGUACAAAGAUGAAGUUCAAAUGGCAAAAAUAAAGAGAUGUGCUGGAGAUGAAGGACAAGUGGCUCUUGCAAUUGUGCAGGCAUCAGUGAAAGACUGUGGAGUGUAUCAGUGCACCAUUGAGAAUGAAUAUGGUACUGAUUCAACAGACUGCCUUCUGAGUGCAGAGAUUUUGGCUGGAUUCAUCUCCAGGGAGGAAGUUGAAGUUGGAGAAGAGAUAGAGAUGACACCAAUGGUAUUUGCAAAAGGCUUGGCUGACUCUGGCUACUGGGGAGACAAGUUUUUUGGAAGGAUUGUCAUGGAGGAACCACAUGCUGGAAAAGGAUUUUUGAGAAAGGCUUGCAAAGUAAAGGCGAUUUACGGGUUGGAACCAAUUUUUGACUCAGGGAAAACCUGUAUCAUCAAAAUCCGAAACUUAAUCACUUUUGGGACCAAGAAUGAAAGUACCUUAGUGGAAAAGAAUUAUGAUAUCACCAUUCAGGAAUGUAAAAUUCAGAAUUCUACCCGCGAAUACUGCAAGAUAUUUGCAACUGAAUGCAGAGGUGUUCCAAACUUUGGACAGAUCCUUGAAAUAUUACCUCUAAAUCUAAUCUAUCGACCUGCCAACAAUGUCCCCUAUGCUACCAUAGAAGACGACCUAGAAGGAAGAUUUGAAAAGUACUGUAUCAGGGAUAUUACAGGAAAAUUACACUUCAAGAACUCUUCUGAAAUAGAGCAAAAAUGCUGCACCUUUCAGCAUUGGGUAUUUCAGUGGACUAAUGGCAAUUUCCUUGUCACCACUCUAGAAGGUGUUGGAUGGAAACUAACCAACAUAGCUAUUGCCACAAAAACCAAGGGAUAUCAAGGACUAAAAGAGAGCUGCUAUCCAGAGAUCAUUGAAGAAUUUCCAUCAAUUCACCAAUGCAAUAGCUAUUGUGAAAUGCUUAGCCUAAAGUCCCUCAAAACAAUGGAAAGUCUCCAGGCUCCAGCCAAACCAAAGGGCUCAAGAAGUCCUCAGAUGCCAAGGAAAUCUGGCUCUGGGUCUUCUCAGUCAAGUCCCCAGAUACAAAAGAAGACUUUAACAGCCCCACAAAUAAAUAAAAAAGGUGGGGUCAGCCCUAAAUCUACAAGAAAAGCCAUGGAGACUGGGGAUUCACAAUCAGGUGCAAAAAAUAAAGCAAAUGAUGCAAAAUUACAAUAACAGCUACAGUUAUAUAUUUUUUUACUCUAUACAUGGACAUGACUACAAACGGACUAUUUAAUUCAACCAACUAAGAAGACACAAAGGACAUUAUUUGAAGUGACAUACUUUUCUUCUGUAUUUCACACUAAAGCAAAAAGGCUGUUGACAGGCUGACCUGCAGAGGAUUUGUUAUAAGCAGAGGAUGAGCAUGAGAGGUGCAUGUUCUAUGGACUGCAUGUAUUAUGUAUGGAAGAUGUGUCAAUUUAUGAUGCUGCAAAUACAAGGAAAGCUGUAUUUCGGAACUAUUGAAUCAAUCUUAAAGACAUAUGUUGGGAGAAAUGAAAAAGUGAAAUGUUCAAUUCCAAUGAGGUAUCGUAGUAUGUGAGAUGAUAACUGCACCUCCGUUACUCAAUUUGGUCUGCAGGAUACACAUCAGAAAAAAACACAAACAUUUACAAUAUCUUCUUUUCACUUCCAAUUCACUGUUUCACCACCUUUUUAUGAGAACAUUUACAGAACAUGCUUUUCUUAAAUAGUAAUACUUUGUGAUGUUUACUGGCCAUAAACGGCAAAGUGCUGAUCCAGUUCCUCACUCAAAGUAACACA